UAACUGUCGCCGUGCACAGCACACGACCCCUGCGUAGGCCCCUAUAUAUUUUAUUGAAACGCUUCAAGUGCCUCUGGCCGGUAACACGCUGUGCAUAUUGAUUUCAUUACCACAAUGAAUGAGGACAAAGAUUCCCAAGUUGCCUUAGGUCGUCCGGAAGCUGAAUCUAGUAUUACUAUUAGGCCCCCUGACAUAGUGGCACAAAGUCAGUGCAUCAUGGUGGGUGCAAAGGAAGAGGAGGAUAAGACCAACAUCCUUGAUGUGAAAAAAGAAGACUACACCUCUGAAGCUAAAAUGGGAGAAGGACAGGAGGACAAGGAUGAGGAGAAGGCUCAUGCCAUUGUGGCAGACACAGAGGCGGAGGGUAAUCAGGCCACUCUGGGUUGUGUAAAUGAGGAAGAUGAAGCCAUGGAGGCAAUUACCAGAGAAGGCAAUAUGGCAGAUGGCGAUACAGACAAUUGCGAAAAGAAUACGUCAACGUACGUCGAUGGCCGGGCAGGGCUGUUCACUUCGGAGAUCUACAAAAUUGAGAUCCAAAACUUACCCAAGUAUUUUGGGCACAGUCAAUUGAAGAAGAGGAUUACCAAUCAAGGUCUGAAGCCAGUCAAAGUGAAAUCCAUGCGUGCUACGGGCCCUAGCUACUGCUUCGUGACCUUCAGGUGCGAAGAGGACAGACAGGAAGCAAUUAAAAAGCUAAACGGCCACGUCUGGAAAGGAUGUACUUUUCGCGUCAAGAUAGCAAAUGCAAAGGUCGACCCGAUCGUGAAGAGAAGGCAGGAGGACACGAAUGAUGAUGGUGGUAACCAGUCUGUCAAGAGGCAGAGAGUGACGACGAACAAGGGGGGCCACACGCAGGGAAAACGAGCAGAGGUUGAUGAGUCAUCCUCGCUGGAGGAUCAGGUCAAGGAGAGAUUGACCCCGCUGUGGAAUACGCCGUACGAGGAACAGUUGGAGGUAAAGCAGAGAUCUAUAGUUUCGUUCUUGACAACGUUUGCACGAUCCAUGUCCGACGUUGACAACUCUCAACAUCGCUGGAUCCAAGCUCAGCGAAAAGCCAACAAUAACAUGUGCUGCAAGCUCGAAGAUAUUAGGCCAAGUCCCAGGAUAGAGGGAUCUCGUAACAAGCUGAGCUUCAGCUGCGGUCUGCGGCCGGACACUCGCGUUCGCACGGUCGGCUUCCGCGUCGGACGCUACGAGGCGGGCUCGACCGGCGUCGUCGAACCGUACGGCAUCGACGUCGUUCCGGAUUACGUGAAGAACGUAGUGCGGGUGAUAGAGCAGUAUGUCAGAGCAUCAACAUAUGAAGUGUUUGACUCUCAGACUCACAGUGGUUAUUGGGAGAGUGUCCUGUGUCGCACCACCGAGAGCAAGGAAGUGAUGCUAGGGUUCUGCAUGCGUCGCCAAACCCUAACUGAUUCUGAAACUCAGCAAGAGAUGGCAGCACUGAAGGAAUUCUUUACGACCGGUCCAGGAGCUGCAGUGAAUGUGACUUCGCUGUACAUUACAUUUACAAUCAGGAAGCAGACUGGCUCAUCUUCAGAUCUGCAAUGGCAGCACAUUAUGGGGGAAAAGGCUAUCACGGAGCGUCUGCUGGGACUUGGGUUCCGUAUCUCCCCCAGCUCGUUCUUCCAAGUGAACACCCUUGCCACCGAGGUUCUUUAUUCAGUUGUAGGCGACGUCUGCAAGCUGAACGAAGACACGGUCCUGCUGGACAUCUGCUGUGGAACUGGAACCAUUGGUCAGACGCUCGCAAAGCAAGUGAAGAAGGUGUAUGGGUUUGAGCUGAUACAGGAGGCGGUGGACGACGCACGAUACAAUGCAAAAGUCAACGGCAUCAGCAAUAUUGAGUACAUCUGUGGCGAUGCAAUGCAAGAGGUCCCGGAGCUUGUUGGCAAGUUGUCGCCGUACUACUGUAAGGACGUGGUAGCCAUAUUGGAUCCACCCCGAGCCGGAUGCAGUGUGAAGGUGAUACAAGCAAUCCGCAGGUGCAAACAGAUCAACAGACUCAUCUAUGUCUCCUGCAAUGCACAGCUGGCAAAGCACAACUUUCUCGAUCUCGUGCGACCUGCCUCCAAUAAGUUUCGUGGCGAGCCGUUUCGACCGAUCGUGGCGACACCUGUUGACCUUUUCCCGCACACAAAUCACGUCGAGCUGGUGCUCCUGUUCGAGAGAGGAUCGCAUCAGCCUGUCUCUGACGCGUCAUCGGUAAAUGCGCACGACACCGACGCAGAUGCUGCGACCAACGUGGAAAACAUAGAUGGUGCUGGCGUAGUUGCAACAAGCGUCCCUGCGGUAGCCAGUGCAGCAGCAGCUGCUGCUGCUGCUCCAGUCAAUGCUGAAGGUGGCUCUACUGAUGUUAAGCCACGUGACGUUACUCCUGACAAGGAAGUUCGCACUUUGCCACAGUGCACCAGUGACAGCACCAUGGACGAUGUAGAUUCUACGCCUGCAGGAAAUGUAGAUGGCGCUACAACAGCCAGUACAGGUGGCAGCACCACAGAUGAUGUGGCUCGUACAACUACAGGAAAUGCAGAUGGCGCUACAACAGCCAGUACAGGUGGCAGCACCACAGAUGAUGUGGCUAGUAAAACUACAGGAAAUGUCGAGGGUGCAACGAACGAUAGCCAGUAAUGGUGGCAGCAAAGAAAACUGCAAGAAAUGUAGAUGAUACCAAUGCAGUCGGCACAGGUGUCAGCACGUGCCAGUAAUGAAGUACAUACGUGAGCAGUUGACAAGAUGAGUAUAACGUGAUAGAAGUAUCGAGUUGUCGCAUGCCAAUUUCAUGGGUCAAACGUCUGCUCGAACAUUCUCUCUGUUUUUUAGGUUGGAUUGGUUUUAAAGUUUUUCCACUGCACGUGUGUGUAGCCGCAGACUUACAUCGCAGUCGGUGGGGAGUAAAUAUGAUGUGUAUCAAUUACCAAUCAAGUAAUAUGAUGUGUUAAGGAAUUCUAGUUUUUGUGCUCUCCUGCUGGUUGCAGUGCAUAAUUUAUAUACAAGGUUACGUAUUGCAGCAAUAAAACUACAGCUACAGUCAUCAUCGUACCAGACUGCGUUUGUUGUCGGUUUCUGUCACGGUAGUCUAUACAUGCAAUCUGCCUUUUAUUUUCAUGUGUGUUUAACAAAAAUUACAGGUUAGUGAACAUUUGCAUACAGAUUUGUUUUCGUGAUCACAUCAAGAAUUUUUUUAUAUAGUACUUUUACUACAGAUACUUCUAUAUUACUAUGAGAAACACAGAGACAGUGUGUGAUCUAUUGGCCGUAUGUAUAUCUGAUGUAAAAAUUAGAAACAAAUUGUGAUUACUAGUUUAAUUUAGUGUAAUAAAGUGAUAUUUUAAAAGCA